ACUAGAGGGAGAGGGCUUCUGAGGGAGUUUGUUGGCGAAAGAACAAAGAUGGGUGGCUGUGCUUCUCUCUUCUCUCUUGUUCUUCUUUUUGCAUUUGCUGGUCCGCAACUUGUUUACGGAAAUGUGGAGCUGAGAGCGCUUAUGGAGAUGAAAGCUUCUCUAGACCCUGAAAACAGAUUUCUUUCCUCUUGGAAUAGCAACGGUGACCCAUGUAGCGGCUCGUUUGAAGGUAUCGCUUGUAAUGAGCAUGGUAAAGUAGCUAACAUCUCGUUGCAGGGGAAGGGUCUCUCUGGACGGGUUCCUCCGGCAGUCGCUGGUCUUCAACGUUUGUCUGGCCUUUACCUACACUACAACUCUUUAUCUGGAGAGAUCCCCAGAGAAAUUUCCAAUCUUACUGAGCUGUAUGACCUGUAUCUCAACGACAAUAAUCUCUCCGGGAACAUUCCACCUGAAAUAGGAGAUAUGGCUAGUCUCCAAGUUCUACAACUUUGUAGUAACCAUCUGACGGGGGAAAUACCGACACAGUUGGGUUCUCUGAAGAAGCUUAGCGUUCUCGCUCUUCAAUCUAAUCGAAUAUCCGGUGCUAUUCCUGCCAAUUUAGGAGAGUUGCAGACGCUGACGAGGUUGGAUGUAAGCUUUAAUCAAUUAUUUGGUUCAAUUCCAGCAAAACUAGCUGAUGUUCCUCAACUGAAAGUUCUAGACGUCCGUAACAAUACUCUCUCGGGCAACGUCCCACCUGCUCUGAAGAAAUUGAAUGAUGGAUUCCAAUACGGGAACAACUCGGGCUUAUGUGGAGUUGCGUUUCCUUCUUUGAGAACUUGCACUGCUACGGAUCAGCAGAACCCUGAUAGACUCGAACCUCUUGGAGCUGUCACAAAUGGCACUUCUACGAAAUUCCCAGAAACUGCAAAUUUCCAGGUGCAUUGCAACCAGACCAAUUGCUCAAAUCCAUCAAAACCCCCUCGAGUUGCAGUUGUCAUUGGAGUUAUUGCAAUUACUGUUGCAUUGAUGGUUACCGGGCUACUCACCUUCUCGUGCUACCGUCGCCGGAAACAGAAGAUUGGAAGUGCUUUUGAUACCUCAGAUAGUCGUCUUAGCACUGACCAGGCCAAAGAGGUCUACAGGAAGAGUGCCUCUCCGCUCAUCAGCCUUGAGUACUCUAACGGGUGGGAUCCAUUGGCUGAUGGGAGGAAUGUGAAUGGGUUCUCACAGGACGUUCUUCAAAGUUUCAGGUUCAAUCUGGAAGAGGUGGAGUCAGCUACUCAGCAUUUCUCAGAGGUGAAUCUAUUGGGAAAGAGCAACUUCUCGGCCAUCUAUAAGGGAAUUUUAAGAGAUGGGUCUGUUGUUGCUAUCAAGAGCAUCAACAAAUCUAGCUGUAAGACGGAAGAGGGUGAUUUCUUAAAGGGUUUGAACAUACUAACUUUGUUGAGACAUGAAAACCUUGUUGGGUUAAGAGGUUUUUGCUGUUCCAGAGACAGGGGUGAGUGCUUCCUCAUCUACGAAUUUGUCCCGAAUGGGAACUUGUUGCAGUAUCUUGAUCAGAAGGAAGGUAAUGGCCGGUUUCUUGAAUGGUCCAAUAGGGUUUCCAUCAUCCAUGGCAUUGCUAAAGGUAUUGAGUACUUACACAGCAACAAACCUACCAAACCUGCUCUUGUUCAUCAAAACAUAUCAGCGGAUAAGGUGCUCAUCGACCAGGGAUUCAAGCCAUUGCUCUCGGACUCUGGCCUGCACAAGCUCCUGGCAGAUGACAUUGUGUUCUCAGUACUCAAGGCCAGUGCUGCAAUGGGAUACCUAGCCCCAGAGUAUACCACCACUGGCCGAUUCACAGAGAAGAGUGAUGUAUAUGCAUUUGGGGUAAUUGUACUUCAGAUACUCUCUGGAAGACGAAUGAUCAGCCAAUCAAUGCGAGUGGGAGCUGAAACAUGCAGGUUUGAAGAAUUCAUGGACAAGAAUCUUGAUGGGAAGUUCUUAGAAGCUGAGGCAGAAAAAAUGACGAGAAUAGCUUUGGAUUGCACCCAUGAGUCACCUAACCAUAGACCCAACAUGGAAACGGUGAUUCAAGAACUGAGCAAAUGAGGUAGCAAUUCCCCUUCGUCCAUUGUUCUGAUGACUUAUUUGGGUGUAAGGUGCAGAGAUGGGGGCCAUAUCUCACUAACUCACUGAUUCUGAACCUUCUAGCUCUUGAUUCUUCUGUGCUGUGCUGUGUCCUUUCCUGAGGACAGAGGGUUGGCUAUUUUAAAUUGUGUUUUCUUCUGGUCCUCGCAGCUCGGAAGCUUUCUGUGUUUGCAUUAAUUGAUCUUCAGCUGUGUAAUGUAGCUUGGUACCCCCAUUACUAAUGCUAAAGAAGAAAAUAGCUU